CUUCUGACUCCAGGCUGGGACGCUGAGCUCUGUCAAGUCUCGCGGUACUUGCUGCCGUCAGCGGGCGCGAAUCCCGUUCGUUUCUGGCGGGCGCUUUUAGGUCUCCUAGUCGCCGGUACCGCUCGGUGGCCCGGAGGGUCCGGGCGGAGCACCAUGACAUCCGCGCUGGAGAACUACAUCAACAGAACUGUUGCUGUUAUUACUUCUGAUGGGAGAAUGAUUGUGGGAACAUUAAAGGGCUUUGACCAGACCAUUAAUCUGAUUUUGGAUGAAAGCCAUGAACGAGUAUUCAGCUCUUCACAGGGAGUAGAACAGGUGGUGUUAGGAUUAUACAUCGUCAGAGGUGACAAUGUGGCAGUCAUUGGAGAAAUUGAUGAAGAGACAGAUUCUGCACUUGACUUGGGGAAUAUUCGAGCAGAACCUCUAAACUCUGUAGCACACUGAGGAAAAACUACAUGUUAGACAUCUGUAAAUCUCUUGUACAGAAACUAGUUACUCUAAAGAUGAUUUUCAUAAUUUUUAUGUAUGUGUAAUUGUGGACUCUGACUUCAUAUUGAUUAGCUAUCAGGUGUAAAUUAAAAUAUUUCUACAUUUUUAUUGGAAAAUCUUUGUUGGCCUAAAUUAAGUGUAGUGGCUUGGUUUUAUUUUUCUAUUAAAUAAUGUGAAAAUCUAA